AUGAAGGAAUCAAAAUGUGGAUAUGGAGUUCUUUUAAUGGGUGUACUAUGGAUGACAGAAGCUCUUCCUAUAUCUGCUACAGCAAUGCUACCAAUCAUUCUGUUUCCAAUGAUGGGAGUUAGCAGAGUUAGAGAUCUAGCUUCAAAAUAUUUUUCGGGUACAAUGUUUGUUUUCUUGGGAGGUAUGUCAGUAGCAGUAUGUAUAGAGAAAUGGAAUAUACAUAGACGAUUUGCUCUGAAGUUACUCUUGUUGCUAGGUACAUCUACUAAAUGGCUGACAUUUGGAUUCAUGGUUUCUACGGCGUUUAUGUCUAUGUGGGUCAGCAACACAGCAACAACAUCCAUGAUGAUUCCGAUUGGUCAGGCUGUCUUGGUUGAACUGGUUCGAGUACGUAAAAGGAAAUCGAUCGACCAAGAGGAGAAAGAUAUAGGUGAACAAAUGGACGAAAAGAUUGAUAAUUUAGAAGAAAAUGAUAGUAAACUGAAGUUGAUAAAGAACAAUGAGGAUAGUGACACAUUUGAAUUUGAAAAGUUAGACGCUGAGUCAAAGAACCUUUGUAAACUGGUAUGCCUCUGUAUUUGUUACUCGGCUAAUUGUGGUGGCAUUGCGACAUUAACUGGAACAGGACCUAAUCUAGUGCUCAAGGGACAACUCGAUCAAUUGGCUGGUGGUAGUUCCGGUAUAUCAUUUGCUACAUGGUUCAUUUUCGGGUUUCCUAUAACGACAGUCAGUGUUUUAAUAAAUUGGUUAGUUCUACAGAUUAUGUUCUUUGGAUGGAGGGGUCCAUUCACAAAAACCAAAACAUGUGAAAAUCCAGAAAGAAUCAAAAUGAUACUGCAAAAGCAGUAUGAAAGUCUUGGAGAAAUAAAUUUUGCACAGAAAGCGGUUUGUGUCCAUUUUGUAAUGCUUGUGUUGUUGUGGUUUUCAUUAGAACCAGAGUUUGUUCCUGGCUGGGGACAUUUCUUUAAAAAGGGGUAUGUGUCAGAUGCAGUACCAGGAAUGAUAAUAGCUACUAGCUUGUUUAUUUUUCCUUCUAGAAGGCGAUCCAAAACUGAAACAGGUGAGGACGAUACAAAAGAAAUACCUCCACUUCUAGAAUGGCAAACAUUUGUGCAAAAAAUACCGUGGGGAGUUAUGCUUCUACUUGGUGGUGGAUUUGCUCUUGCUUUCGCAUGUCAAGAAUCUGGAUUAUCACUAUGGUUAGGUGCACAGCUGUCUGUGUUUCGAGACGUACCCGUUUGGAUUAUGAUAUUUAUAAUAUGUCUUAUUGUUUCCUUGACAACCGAGGUUAUCAGUAAUACAGCCACAUGCACUAUCGUCCUUCCUGUAUUGGCAAACAUGGCUGCUGGCGUGCAUCUCCAUCCUACAUAUUUAAUGUUGCCUGCAUCUGUCGCCUGCUCAUUUGCUUUUAUGCUGCCUGUAUCUACACCACCAAAUACCAUAGCAUUUUCAUACGGAUAUCUUAAAGUUACUGAUAUGAUGAAGGUCGGAGUAUUUUUAAACUUCAUUUGUGUAAUAAUUGUAACAGUGGCAAUCAAUACAUAUGGAGCAGCAUUCUUUAAUCUACAUGAGUAUCCAGACUGGAAGCUUCUCUCAUAUCAAACAACCAAUCUUAAUACAACCAACACUAAUUCUACAUUGUUAUAAUGAUUUCUUGUAAGACGAGUGCCUUAAAUUCGAGACAUAAUUGAAUAUAAGACAAAACUAUA